AUGGAUGUCGUCAGAAGAGAAGCAGAGGGUUGCGACUCUUUGCAGGGUUUCCAAAUCACCCAUUCUUUAGGAGGUGGUACUGGUUCCGGUAUGGGUACAUUGUUGAUUUCCCGUAUUAGAGAAGAAUUCCCAGACAGAAUGAUGGCUACAUUUUCCGUUGUUCCUUCUCCUAAAGUUUCUGAUACUGUGAUUGAGCCAUAUAAUGCCACUUUGUCUGUGCAUCAAUUGGUUGAGCACUCUGACGAAACCUUCUGUAUCGAUAACGAAGCCUUGUAUAACAUCUGUCAAAGAACCUUGAAGAUGCCUUCUCCAAGCUACGAGCAAUUGAACUCCUUGGUUUCCUCCGUGAUGUCUGGUGUUACGACCUCCUUGCGUUACCCAGGUCAAUUGAACUCUGACUUGAGAAAAUUGGCCGUCAACUUGGUUCCUUUCCCAAGACUACACUUCUUCAUGGUUGGAUAUGCCCCAUUGACUGCUGUUGGCUCCACCUCGUUCAGAUCUUUGACCGUCCCAGAAUUGACACAACAAAUGUUCGAUGCUAAGAACAUGAUGGCAGCCUCUGACCCUAGAAACGGACGUUAUUUGACUGUCGCUGCUUUCUUUAGAGGUAAGGUGUCUGUCAAGGAAGUCGAUGACGAAAUGCACAAGGUGCAGACCAGAAACGCCGAUUACUUCGUUGAGUGGAUUCCAAAUAACGUGCAGACUGCCGUAUGUUCUGUCCCACCUAAGGAUUUGGAUAUGGCUGCCACUUUCAUUGGUAACUCGACUUCUAUUCAAGAGUUGUUCAAGAGAGUUGGCGAUCAGUUCAGCGCCAUGUUCAGAAGAAAAGCUUUCUUGCAUUGGUACACAUCUGAAGGUAUGGAGGAGAUAGAGUUCAACGAAGCUGAGUCUAACAUGAACGACUUGGUCAGUGAAUACCAGCAAUACCAAGAGGCCAGCGUUGAGGACGACGAGGAGUUGGAGUACGGAGGAGAGGAAGCCCCAUUGGCCGACCACAUGGAUUAG